UGCUUCGGUGGCGGAAGCUCACAUCACGUGCAACCGGGAUAAGAGGUACGGGGAUUUUUAAGACACUACGGCGACGCUUCACCUUUACCGACAAAUGUACCUCAACUACCACUUCCACCCACCAUCGCCACACAUAACUAUUACUUCAAAUUUGCGCAGCCGCCGAAGGGUACCUCGACAGACUUUUUCGUCAGGAUCGCCAGCGUAUUCUGCAUCCUAGUGGCCUGACAGUCGCACCCUGUACUGCAGUACUGCGGCGCCGCUGUUUGUGGAUCAAGUACACGCAAAGCUACUCACACUGAAUCCACUUGAUAUUGAGACUUCGAAAUCUCUAUUGACGGGUCACCACGCCGUUCUGUUUUUGCAGGCUUAUAUUACCUUUUCAAGACCUGGUUGGCUUCGCCGGUGGCUUUUCCCCGACCCCACAUCGAGUUUGUUCGCCCAGGUAACAGCCAAGUACCGCACUGCGAUCGGUUACUUCGACAUGACAUCGGAUAUUAUGAACGGCCAUGUCCCUGAUGGUGGAGAUGUGUUGGCCAUGAACCCCCCAGCACAAACGGGUGGCUUCAUUGAUGUUGAAUGCCUUACCGACAUCCACAAAUACCUCAGCCAGAGCGAAAAGAGCGACGACACUACACUGGCUGCGUGGAUAAAGCAACAAUAUCUUCAAGAGCCACUAAUUGAAACUGGCCGCCUGAUUCGCGACUCGGAGGGCUUUGCCAACCUGGAUAAGGCGUACCGAAGGGUGCGGCACUUGACCGGGAAGGCAGUAGACAAGUGGCCCUUUUUCGAUCAAAACUGGAAGAAAAUGUCAUCAGCAGCCGUCAGAAAAGCCAUUCUCCGAGCUGAUACUGUUACAGAGAGUCAAGCAACUACCAAUGGUCGGGCUCACGAUGUUCCAAUGAACGGGCUAGGGGGUCAACAUAAUCACACCUCGCAGACAUCGGAUUUACGCAUGGUCUCGAGCGCGAAAAACUCUGAUGGUCAUCAAACUCAGGAACAGAAGUCGCCACAGCAAGCUGACCGGACCCCUCCUAAUAACCGAGCAACCGAGCAAAACGCUCAUCGUCAAGGCCUAGACCGAUCUCCCAGUUCGCAGCCCGACAGCGUGUUAGAGGAUGGUGUUCAGAUCGAAACUUCAGGCGCGCUUGCCUUCGAAGGCAAUGUAAACAGCGCCAUGUCACCAGCAGAAGCCAUGCGUGAUACGGGACUUGGCAAAGUGCGUGGUGUUCAUGGACGCUUCGUGAACAACAAAAGUCCUUCCUCUACCACAGCCAGGAAAGGUCUCAGAACCAGAUCCAUACAGAAACCAGGAACUAAGACUGCCAUGCAAAGCGAAAGCGAGGAUGAGAAUGUCUCUAGUGAUGAAGGUGUGAAGGCACCCAUAACCAUCUCUGCCCCUCAUCAGACGGUCGAGGCGAGAUCGUUCGAAGCGGGUAACGACACAUUGUUAAGUUCAAAGAGCGUUAAUUCUCUAUUCAACGACACAAACCUCCAGUCACCGAUGUCAGCUAUUCUUGCCGCUGACGCUGAAGCUGUAUCAUCCAGCCUUGAUCGACUUCCUCCAGGUUUGACACAUAAGAAGCGCAAGAGCGAGUCAAACAUCCAAGGACGCGGCCCGAAACGUACUCGCGGCUCGCGAGGUGGAUUGAUCGGCAGGCCGCGCAAAUCUGGAACGCUUGCUGAGCCAGUGUCAGAACACGGCUCCGAAGGGGGAAAAACACCAUUACAGUCGGAGAACUCUAGUGAAGUACUCAUUGCUACUCCGGAAUAUGCUUCAGUUGCAACUCCAAUCCCAGUUGAGACUCCGGUCAAGACUCCUGCUCGUCGCAGCUCCAGAAAAUCUGCCGCCUCAGCUUUGGAGUCAUCGACACCUUGGGACCCUACCGCUGACGUGCUUCUGGGUGGUAGUGGUUACAAGCAGCCUACCAACUUCAACUCCGGUGCCAAAUCGAAUGGUGCCACUGAAGCCUUAAACGGCAACUUACACUAUACACGAACUACGGCCGAUCGCGAAUUUGACCAGAAGACUGAAGUAACCACCGAAGAGAUAGUGAGCAUCAUUCCGCCCAUGGUAAAGACAGAUACACCUCUAUCGCAGUCUCCAAAGCUAGAUAAGACGCCUGCCUCUACUAAACAAAAGAAGCAUGUGUCCUCGCCGGAGGGCCAAGAUGAUGAUGAUGUCAAGUUCUUCGCUCGUAUUACUACCAGUGCUGGCAUUCGGGAUAUUCCUUUGUCAGGAGAGGACCUCAUAUCUGACGUAAAUCUUGUCAAGCGCUAUGCUGCCUGGCAGAGAGCUGGAAAUCCUUACGCUACCUUCGAGACCUUUAAGAAUAUCGCCCACUUCACGAGAUAGGAAAACUUCCAUCGAGUCUGCCUAACCAGAGGGGAUCAUUGUAUUAGGAUCGCAGAAUUCUAGAAGGGAAAUGACCAUAAAUACCGGGAGCCAUGCAGCGUGAACAGUCUGAGGCAAGCCAGAUGUUAGGCCUGCAUAAGGUUUGAUGAUAUACAGUUUUGCUUCACAAACAUCGAAGACAUCGCGUCUUCCAGAGCCAUGUACUCCUAUAGUAGAAGCUCUCAGACCUCAACUAUACUAUUCGUUGUCCCAUGCAAUCUGCACGUGUUCUACACCUCGAACAACAUCUGAAAAUGAUUGACAUGAUACAACUGAAGUAUCUCGCAAGUCUCAAGUCACUACAAUCAGGCUCGGCCGGGCUGCAAGGCUAGAGAC